CAAAACAAAGCGGGGGCGAGCCGCAGCCAGAGAGCGAGCGAACGGCGGUUCCUGUCUCAUGAAUGAGAGGUCGGACCUUCCGUCCUCCUGCUCCCUGAUGCCCGCAGGGCUGCGCACACUGGCGGGGAAGAGCCGUGGAGCCUCCGGCCGAUGAGCCCGUACUGCAAUCGCUGGUUUCUCCGUGCUACAUGCCCGCGUCAUCCCACCGGGAGCAACACGAACAGGAACGAUGCUUGAUGGACUCCGGCGGAGGCACGCCUCCCGGUCCUCCCCCAGACCCCUUUCCCUCAACUUCAGCACCUUCUCCGCCCCUCCUCCGAGUCCGGACAUGGGCUGCAGCAGCAGCAACGGAAACGAGCACCCAAUCAGGAGCGAUCUCCUCCUGUUUCCUCUGUAUAUGUCGGCUCACUGUCUGACCUUCUCCCUCAUCUUCUGUCCUCUAUCCUUCCUUCACGUUUACCUGAUGAGGACCCUGCAUCGGCUCAAGCUGAUGAGCUCUCCAAGUCUCAGCGAGCUCGGGAGGAGUGAGAAAAGUUCACCAGAGGACAGAGGGGAGAAGCAGAAGCGAGCGGGAGCCAACGCCACCUGGAACAGCAUCCACAAUGCUGUCAUAGCAGUCUUCCAGAAGAAAGGCUUGGCUGAUAAUGAACUUUACACACUUAACGAAGGCGUCCGACAUCUAUUGAAAACUGAGCUGGGGUCGUUUUUCACUGAAUACCUUCAGAACCAGCUGCUGACUAAAGGGAUGGUCAUCCUACGGGACAAAAUACGGUUCUAUGAAGGUCAGAAGUUACUCGACUCUCUGGCGGAGACCUGGGACUUCUUCUUCUGCGAUGUUCUCUCCAUGCUGCAGGCCAUCUUUCACCCAGUUCAGGGUAAGGAGCCCUCCGUCAGGCAGCUGGCCCUGCUUCACUUCAGGAACACCAUAGUCCUGAGUGUGAAGCUGGAGGACGCCCUGUCUCGUCCACGGGCCCGAGUGCCUCCCUCUGUUACACAGAUGUUGCUCAUACUACAGGGGGUCCAUGAGUCCCGUGGGGUGAAUGAGGAAUACCUAAGACUGGAAUCUCUAGUUCAGAAGGUGGUCUCCCCCUACCUGGGCACCCACGGCCUUUACUGUGGAGACGAAGCUGAAGAUCACUGCUGUGUUUUUGAAAAGCGUUUACCUUGGGGCUGGCCAAAGUCUGGAGACCAGCUGUCUAAAAACCCAGUGGUACGAUCCAAAAGUUACAAUAUUCCUUUGCUGCUGACACCGGUGGCUGAAUACGACCCAGACGCCAGCUCGGUUGGCAGCGGAGGAAUCCGGCGCCACUCAGCUUGUGAGAUUAUAUCAUGCCUGGAGGAACAAGGACUGGCCUACUCUGACCUAGCUCCAGGAUCUGAGCUGUCCGGCCCCUCCUCCAACAGACUGUGUGUGGGCUCCGAGUUUAUUGGAGCAGGAGCCGGUGCCAUGGACUUGACGCUGUCAUCUCCUUCCAUCCUUCAUUCCUCAGGACAUCUCCAUGGCACCGAGGCCACAACAACAGUGACUGAUCUAAGCAAGGGGGCAUCCUCUUCACCGCUCAGUGACUCAUCCAGCCCUGAAACCAUAACUGGUCAAGUGCUCGAGUCUGGCUCAGACUCAGACGGGAUAUUUAUCGAUUUCCCACGUCUCUCUUCUGAGGCAAUGGGGCGCAGCCAUGAGGACAGGCAGAGCGCUGUGUAGCUGGUUGUGCAGGAGUCUACAGCAACAUCUGAGUUGAAAAAUGGGGGGAAACGUUUUUACAACAUUUCAACAAAUGGGUACCAUCUUCCUUUUUACUUUUAUACCGUAAUAUUCAACGACAACUUUUCUUCCAAGUGCUCUCACUGGUGAAUGAAAACUUUUUAAUUCAGCUGGACACAAAUUGGUACUGAAUGUUACAGGACUAAAGGUGUGAUGGUUCUAUUCAUUUUUAUUAUCAAUAUGACCAAAUUUCUCAAUGAAUUCACACUAUUAACAAACUCCAAAAAAGUAUCAAAUAGUACAAGUUGCACUAAUGGUCUUAUUUCUUAGACUUUAUGUUUAUGUUUAUUCACUUAGCAGACGCUUUUAUCCAAAGCGACUUACAAUUCAUAACCUAUAGGGCAUGUUGUGAUCUGUGGGGGAAACCGGAGAACCCGGAGGAAACCCACGCAUGCAUGGGGAGAACACGCAACUCCACGCAGAAAGGCCGCAGCCGAGUUUCAAACCUGCAACCUUCGUGCUGCGAGGCAACAGUGCUAAUCACUGCGCCACCAUGCAGCCUUAUCCCAACUAAACACCGAUGGAGCAUCAAAUAUGGAUUCAUCUGCAAAUGCACAGUCCCCAUGAUCAUGUGCAAUGGUGCAUGUAGUUUGCAGCUACAUUUUUUGCAAACAAAAGCCCUUAAAAUCGUAUUUAGAAGCUACAUCUUAAGCAUCGUCACAAGUAGGAAAAACAAAUUUUCACUAUCAGAUAAAGGAAAAUGUAAAUUAUUGAGGCUAUUUUUAAUUUUUUUACUCAUUGAGAAUUUCCUGUUGAGGUUAAAAUUUUUAAUUACACUGCAAUUUGUGUUUUCUUCUGAUGAGGAAAUUAUUAAAAAAAAAUGCCAUACUUGUGUCUUUGCUCUGGUUUUUGCUACUUGGUGGCAAAGAGAUAAUCUGCUCUUAGAUUUUCUGCAGCUGUCAGAGUGUCUAAUGCAAAAUUAUCACCUUUGUGACAUUUGCUUUUCCAUAUUCACUUUAGGGAUUGACAAAUAUGAUUAUUUUUUACAUUUGACCAAAACAGGAACAUUUCAAUUGAAUGUUGUUUCUCACACUGUAUUUUGCACCACCACUACCAUGUAAAUACAAGCGUGUUGCUGUUUUUUUUAAGGAAAACUUGAUAUUGUAAAGUGAGAAAUCAUUGUAAAAUCGAAUUAACUUUUAAAAGGGCUUUUUGAAUUAAUCUUUUUUUAAUGAUGUUUUACCUCAAGUAUUUUGUACCUACUUUUAUGACAAUCUAUGAUGUCUAUUGAGUUGUAUUUGUAUUAAUUUGUUAUACUAGCCUGGUAAAAAUAAAUGCAUUUAAAUAAUAAUUAAAAAUAUGGAAAAAUA